CAACCUCUCAACUGAACCUCCCCUGCCCAGUCUCAGAUAGUGGCCAUGGUGGUGUGAUUAAUAUUCCAUCAUCAAGUGAAGAAGUCAACAAGAUGAUCACGGAUUUGGAGAAAAUCUUCGACAGUCUCAAGAACACCGUCAGAAAAAGUCUCGAGGAUCGCGGGGUUCAAGUAAAGAGAGCUGCAGAUGUCCUGACAUCACUGUCUGCUUAUGAAGACGACAAUACCAGAAUGUUCGCUGAGAGCCAUGUGGGUGUUCUCUUCAAGGCUGCCGACAUCCCUGAACUGUUUGGAACUAUGAACUUCCACUGGAACUACCUCAAUCCCCCUCCCCUUGACCACCUGGUGAAAAUGUUUGAUCUCGACGAAGUUAAACCUCAGAUGGAGGCCUACAAGUUCCGUCUGCAGCAGUUCAGGAAGACGCCAUUAACUAUGUUCUGCCAGACACAGAAGAGAAAGAGACUAAAACCACCAGGAGAAUUCCGAGAGAUGGUUGCUGAGUUUGAUUGG